CCAGCACUUUUUCCCGUCCCACAUCCAUGUGAGGCACCAAUAACAUGGGCUAAAUUACCAGCACCAAUUUGCCUGAGCCCGAACUCCCCUGUUUACGUCCCUGACCUGCCAUCCCCACUCUCCCACUGCCAUGAUCCCAAAUCCGGCUCUCUGAAAACCCCUCAUCCCGCUUUUCCUCACUAGACUGGGAGGUUUCACCCAUGGAUUGAAUGGGGACGACAAAGAAGAACAUCUUUUCCUGAGUGGGAAUUAACAUCAACUGGGUGAAACCGGCCUAAUACGAUUAGCCUACACAAGCAAAAAUCAAAGGACAUUCAGCUGAAGUUACUACUGCACCAUGGCUCAGGCAACCAAAGUAGUGAAAUCCAUCCCUCCCACCGCUGUAGAUGCUCCGGCUAGAGCAGUGCAUCCAGAAUCCUUUACAGCCAGGAGUCAUGGAAUUUUACUAACCAUGAGUCGUCCAGCACAAUGGGUGGUCAUCAUCACACUUCUGAUCUCUUGGUCAAUAGCUGGUGUUGUCAUGUUUGACUUUGUCAGUGAUGAUCAGAUUGCAAGCAUCCAGGAUUUAGGUUCAGAUCCAGCGCUAGCAGUGAACAUGGCCAUUGAAGGAAUCGAAAACAGGAUAAACCACAUGAAUAAUAUGUUUAAUGAUGCUAAUGAAUACAUUGGUGAAUUAUUAUAUAAUCCGAAGGAAGCUCUUUAUUCAGCAGCUGACUCAUCCGUGUCUUAUGUGACAGAAAUGCUCACACCUGAUGAAUUAAUCAUCGAAACUGUGAAAUAUGGUGGAACUGCAUUGGAUGAGGUUACAGAAUGGGUCAGAUUUCCAGUCUGCUGCUUAUUCCACUUAUACGAAGACGUCCUGGAUAUAGUCUUUACGCCAGUGGAUUUGCUGAGUGAAGCUGUUGUGCAAAUUUUAAGUGGAAUCAAGACUAUUGUACAGUAUCUUUCAAACAUAUUGGAAGGCGCUAGAGACAUCACUGAUAUUGCCAAACUUGGAGGCACUGUAUUGGAUAAGGUUACUGACUGUAUUCGAUUACCAGUGGGUUACUUAUUUUACUUAUUUGAAGCCAUCCUGGAGGUAACCAUUAUUUAUCCAGCGGAUUUGACAAGCGAAGUAUUUCUGCAAAUUUUAAAUGUGAUCAAGAACACUUUAUCAGCCAUAUUUGGGUUCUUCAAAGGGGAUGCAGACAUCACUGAAACAGCCAAACUUGGAGGCACUGUAUUGGAUACAGUUACUGACUGGAUUCGAUUGCCAGUGGGUUACUUAUUUUACUUGUUUGAAGCCAUUCUGGAGGUAACCAUUAUUUAUCCAGCGGAUUUGGCAAGUGAAGCAUUCCUACAAAUUUUAAAUGUGAUCAAGAACACUUUAUCAGCCAUAUUUGGGUUCCUCAAAGGGGAUGCAGACAUCACUGAAACAGCCAAACUUGGAGGCACUGUAUUGGAUACAGUUACUGACUGGAUUCGAUUGCCAGUGGGAUACUUAUUUUAUUUAUUUGAAGCCAUCCUGGAGGUAACCAUUAUUUAUCCAGCAGAUAUGGCAAGUGAAGCAUUUUUGCAAAUUUUAAAUGUGAUCAAGAACACUUCAUCAGCCAUAUUUGGGUUUCUUGAAGCUUGGUUCCCCAAAAUGAGCACUCGUCCUACAGAGCUGGUUGAAAAGGUUGCAGAGGAGGCCACUGAUGUAAAGACCACCGUCUCUAAUUAUCUGUCCAGUCUGUUUGUGAGGGAUGAAGGUGGUAUUCCUGACGUCACUUUUGAUCCCAUGAAAGUUGUCUCAGACACCGUUGAGGAGUUUGCAGACAGAAGAGAUAUGUUAUUAGCUUAUCUCUCAAACAUGCUCAUGGAAGACAAAGUUUCAGAUGAAACACCACAGGUGAUAAGGCGAAAAGGAGAAUUUCUGCCCCCUAUGGAAAAAGUUGCAGAAGUACUAGGAAAAACUCAGGACCCCAUCUACGCUGCCUACAUCGCUGUGAGAUCCACAGCUGAGACAGACGGCGAUGAACUGGAAAUAAAGGGGGCUGAGGUGGACUCUGCUGAAGAUAUCUUGGAAGAACAAAAAGUUGAAAAGACAGUGGACGGCUCUGAAAAUGAUGCAGUUGCCUCUGUUGAGGAGGAAAAAGCAGUUGUUGAUAUUGUAGAUGAGGAAUCUUCUCAUACGCCUGAAGUCACAGAUGAAGAAAUGGCAAAAGAAAAAGAUGAAGACACUUCUGAUUCAACUGAAAUGACUUCUGAUGUGCAAGACAUUGAUGAUACCAUAGAUUCUGAGACUGAAGAAAUUCCUGAAAUGGUUGAAAGUGUUUCAGAGGUUGGAGAAGAGGAACCUUUUGUAAUUGAAAAGGUUGAAGACACCUCUGAUUCGAAAGAAAUCACUUCUAAUGCCGCAGAUGUGCAAGAUGUUGAUGAUAAUUCUGAUGUUGAUACUGAAGAAAUUCCUGAAUUGGUUGGAGGUGUUUCAGAUGUUGGUGAAGAGGAACCUUCUGAAGUCAUAGAUGAAGAAAUUGCAACUGAAAAGCUUGAAGACGCCUCUGAUUCAACUGGAUUGAUUCCCAGUGCUGAAAAUGUGAAAGACACUGACGAUAUCUUAGAAGUUGACGCAGAGGUGAAUGAAGUUGAAACAGUUGAAGACAUUUCAGAAGUUACAAAUGAGGAAACUUCUGAUGUGCCAGAAGUCAUAGAUGAGGAAAAGGUUGAAAAGUCUGAUGAUAUCUUUCAUUUUGCAGAGGACAAACCAACUGAAUUGAUUUCUGAUGCUCCAGAUGUAACAGAAGACAUUGAAAUCUCAAUCUCUGCAGUUUCAGAGGAUAAUGAAACAAUUCAAGAAGCUGAUAUGACAGAUGUCAAAGAUGAGGAAAUGGAAGCUGAAAAGGUUGAUGAAAUCUCCUAUUUUGUAGAGGAUAAAUCAACUGAAAUUACUUCUGAUGCUACAGAUGUGAAAGAAGACACUGAUGGCUUUACAGUUACAGAGGAGAAAGGAACAAUUGAAAGCCUUCAAGAAGCAGCAAUGAAAAUGUCGGGAAAUGCAGAUGAUGAAAUCCCCAAUGUCACAGAGAUGGUUGAAGAACCUGAUACUUCUGAUGUUAUGGAUGAGCUAGACGAACCUGAAAAAGAUGAAGAUGUAAUCAGUGUCACCAAUGAAAGGGUUACAACUGCACAAGAUGUCAUAUUUUCAAAGGAAAAAAUGGGAGCAGCAGAACUGGAUGAUCAUGACAAACUCAGGGCUAAGGAUGAUUCAGAAGUGGAUCACAUGGAGAAGGAAAUUGCAGAUGCUGAAAAUGACCUUCAGAAUGAGAUAGAUAAAGAUGAGUUUAAGGUUGAAGAUGCAUCUCAUCAAACUAUUUUGGGAAGCACUGCUGCUGAAGAAGACCAAGAUGAUGAUGAUGAUGAUGAAGAACCUGUCCUUCUUACUGUCAAACAUGAGCUCACAGACGGUGAUGAUGAAAAUAAUAAUAACAACGACAGAAAGAGAGAUGCCAGAACUAAAGGUCUGAUCAAUAGAAAAACACCAAAGAGCCAUUCCACUGAAACUGAUGAACAAAAGGCGCACAAGGAUCUUCAUAAAGAGUCUGCUAAAGUUCUUGAGCAAGUGAAAGAAGCCAAAGAGAAAAAAGCUAGAGAGGAGAUAUACAAAAUCAUUCAAGAAAUGAGGGAGGAGAAGGCUGAAGGUGUGGAGGAAGAGAUCGUGUUACAACAGAUAAACAUAACAGUAGAAAAGGUCAAGAAAGAAGAAACUGUCAAAAAGGAGGAAAAGGCUAAAAGAAAAGAAAAGGCUCAUAAACCAAAGGAUGCAAAGAUUGCCAAAGACAAACCUAAAGCAGUCCCAGUAAAGCAAGAGGAUGAAGUAGCCAAGAAAGAAACCAAACCAGCACCAUCUAAGAAAGAGGCUAAAAUUGUGAAGGAGAAACCCAAAGCACAUCCUGCAAAGAAAGAAAAAGCUAAAGAUAUUAAGGAAAAGGCAAAAUCUGGUCAAAAAGAAAAAGUUGCUGAGGCUGUCAAGGAAAAAUCGAAGCCAGUAAAGAAAGAAGCUGAAAAAAUUGAUGCCAAAGUCAAACCAGCAGCAGAAAAGAAAGUGGAUGAAGCCCCCAAAGAGAAACCUAAAGUGAAGAAAGAGGCUGAAGUAAUCAAAAAGAUUAAACUAGAGCCUGAGAGGAAAGAAGCUAAAACUCCCAAGGCCAAAAUUGAACCAGCUGGUUUGAAGAAAGAUGCUGAAGCUGCUAAGGAGAAAGCAAAACCUGCUCCAGUCAAGAAAGGGCCUGAGGUUUCCAGAGAAAAAGCCAAACCAGAGCCCGCAAAAAAAGAGCUUGAAGCGGUCAAAGAGAAAGCAAAACCAGCACCAGCUAAAAAAGAUGAAGUCAAAGAGAAAGAAAAACCAGCUCCUGUAAAGAAAGCUGAAGAAAUUAAAAAGGCAAAAGCAGCUCCUUCAAGGAAAGAAGCUGUAAAGGAAAAACCCAAACCUGUUUCCGAAAAGAAAGAACCUGCUGUUGCAGUUGAAAAAGCCAAGCCAAAAUCUACAAAGAAAGAAGCUGAAGUCGAGGAAAAAGUGAAACCUGCUCCUGAGAAGAAAGAAGCUGAAGUCAUCAUGGUGAAAACUAAACCAGUUCUUAAAAAGAAAGAGGCUGAAGUAAUCAAAGAGGUUAAACCAGCCCUUGAGAAGAAAGAGGCUGAAGUCAUCAAGGAGAAAGUUAAACCAGCUCCUGUAAAGAAAGAGCCUGAAGUUGUUAAAGAAAAGGAACCUGAACCAAAACCCAAAAGAGAGCCAGAAAUUAUUAAGGAGAAAUCAGCACCACCAAAGAAAGUUGAGGUUCCAAAACAAAAGGCUCCUGAAAAGAAAGCACCUGAAAUAACCAAAGAAAAACCAAAGCCAGCACCAAAGAAAGAGGCUGAAGCUGUAAAAGAGAAAGCUAAACCAGAGAAGAAAGAGGCUGAAGCCGUAAAGGAGAAAACGAAACCAGCCCCUGAGAAAGAGACUGAAAUAAUCAAGGAUAAAAUUAAAGCAGCUCCUGUGAAGAAAGAAGUUGAAGUCAAGAAGGAAGCAAAACCAGCUCCUGUAAAGAAAGAAACUGAAGUCAUCAAAGAAAAAGAAAAACCAGCUCCUGAGAAGAAAGAGGCUGAAGCUGUAAAGGAGAAAACGAAACCAACCUCUGAGAAGAAAGAGGCUGAAAUAAUUAAGGAGAAAGUUAAAGCAGCUCCUGUGAAGAAAGAAGUUGAAGUCAAGGAGGAAGCAAAACCAGCUCCUGUAAAAAAAGAAACUGAAGUCAUCAAAGAAAAAGAAAAAACAGCUCCUGAGAAGAAAGAGGCUGAAGCUGUAAAGGAGAAAACGAAACCAACCCCUGAGAAGAAAGAGGCUGAAGUCAUCAAGGAGAUAGUUAAACAAGCUCCUGUGAAGAAAGAGGCUGAACCUGUAAAGGAGAUAACUAAACCAGCCCCUGAGAAGAAAGAGGCUGAAAUAAUCAAGGAGAAAGUUAAAGCAGCACCUCUGAAGAAAGAAGUCAAGGAGAAAGCAAAACCAGCUCCUGUAAAGAAAGAAGCUGAAGUCAUCAAACAAAAAGCCAAACCAGCUCCUGAGAAGAAAGAGGCCAAAGUCAUCAAGGAGAAAGUUAAACCGGCUCCUGUAAAGAUAGAGGCUAAACCUGUAAAGGAGAUAACUAAACCAGCCCCUGAGAAGAAAGAGGCUGAAAUAAUCAAGGAGAAGGUCAAAUCAGCUCCUGUGAAGAAAGAAGUUGAAGUCAAGGAGGAAGCAAAACCAGCUCCUGAAAAGAAAGAGGCUGAAGUCAUCAAGGAGAAAGUUAAACCUGCUCCUGUGAGGAAAGAAGCUGAAGAAAUAAAGGAAAAAGCUGAAGCAGUUUAUGAGAAAAAAGAGGCUGAAGUAGCCAAGGAGAUAGUUAAACCAACUCCUUUAAAGAAGGAGCCCGAAGUUGUGAAGGAAAAGGCUCCUGAAUCAAAACCCCAAAAAGAGGCUGAAAUUAUCAAAGAGAAAGUUAAACCUGCACCUGUAAAGAAAGAGCCUGAAGUUGCAAAAGUACCAAAACCCAAAAAAGAGGCUGAACUCGCCAAAGAGAAAGUUAAACCUGCACCUGUAAAGAAAGAAGAAAAACCUAAGGCAGCACCAAAGAAAGAGGCUGAAGCUAUUAAGGAGAAACGUACACCAGCUCCUGAAAAGAAAGUGGUAGAAGUCAUCAAGGAGAAAGUCAAACCAGCCCCUGAGAAAAAAGCGGUUCUCAAGGAGAAAGUUAGACCUGCUCCUGAAAAGAAAGAGCCUGAAGUUGCUAAAGAAAAGGCUCCUGAACCAAAACCCCAAAAAGAGGUUGAAGUCAUCAAAGAGAAAGCUAAACCAGCCCUUAAGAAGAAAGAGCCUAAAGUCAAGGAAAAGGUUCAACCAGCUCCUAUAAAGAAAGAGCCAGAGCUUCCCAAAGAAAAGGUGCCUGAACCAACACCAGAACCUGAGAGAGUUGAAGCUCCAAAAGAAAAGGCAAAAGUAAUCCCUAGGGAAAAAGUAGCUGAGAUUACUAAAGAAAAACCAAAGCCAGCACCAAAGAAAGAGGCUGAAGUAAAGGAGAAAGCUACACCUGCUCCUGUGCACAAAGAGGUUGAAGUGUUCAAGGAGAAAGUUAAACAAGCUCCUGUAAAGAAAGAGCCAGAAGUUCCUAAAGAAAAGGCUCCUGAACCAAAACCUAAAAAGACUGAAGUCAUCAAAGCGAAAGUAAAACCAGCCCCUGAGAAAAAAGAGGCUGAAGUGAAGGAGAAAAUUAAACCAGUCCCUGAGAAGAAAGAGGCUGAAGUCAUAAAGGAGAGAAUUAAACCUGCUCCUGUAAAGAAAGAGCCUGAAGUUCCUAAAGAAAAGGCUCCUGAACCAAAACCCAAAAAAGAACCUGAAGUUAUCAAAGAGAAAGUGAAACCAGCGCCAGAGAAGAAAGCACCCGAAAUAACCAAAGAAAAACCAAAGCCAGCAGCAAAGAAAGUAGCUGAAGUCAUCAAAGACAGAACUAAACCAGUCCCUGAGAAGAAAGAGGCUGAAGUCAUCAAGGAGAAACCAAAAGCAGUUCCCGAGAAGAAAGAGGCUAAAGUCAUUGAAAAGAAAGUUAUACCAGCUCCCGUAAAGAAAGAGCCUGAAGUUGUUAAGGAAAAGGCUCCUGAACUGACAACAAAAAAAGCACCUGAGAUAACCAAAGAAAAACCGAAGCCAGUACCAAAGAAAGAGGCUGAAGUCAUUAAAGAGAAAGCUAAACUAGCUCCUGAAAAGAAAGAGGUUGAAGUCAUCAAGGAGAAAGUUAAACCAGCUCCGUUAAAGAAAGAGCCUGAGGUUCAUAAGGAAAAAGCACCUGAACCAAAAUCAGAACCUACAAAAAAAGUUGAGGUUCCAAAGGAAAAGGCAAAACCAGUUGCUAAAGAAAAGGAACCUGAAAUAACCAAAGAAAAGCCAAAACCAGCACCAAAGAAAGAAGCUGUAGUCAUCAAAGAAAAAGCUGUACCAGCCAUCCUGAAGGAAGUGGCUGAAGUAAAGAAAGUUAAAGCAGCUCCUGAGAAGAAAGUGGCUGAAAUUAAGGAGAAAGUUAAACCAGCUUCUAUAAUGAAAGAGCCUGAAGUUGUGAAACAAAAGACUCCUGAACCGAAACCCAAAAAAGAGCCUGAAGUUGUGAAAGAAAAGGCUCCUGAACCUAAACCCAAAAAAGAGCCUGAAGUUGCUAAAGAGAAAGCCAAACCAGCACCUCAGAAGAAAGAAGUCAUCAAAGAAAAAGUCAAACUUGCUCCUGUAAAGAAAGUGCCCGAAGUUGUCGAAGAAAAGGCACUUAAACCAGAACCCAAAAAAGAUGAAGUUGGUCUUAUUGGUCUGGACCUGGAGCUCCUAAACUCCAUCAACCAAAAACUGUCUCUCCUGGACUUGCUAAGGAAGGACAUUGGAGAAAUGAAAAGCGAUCUGGAGUCCACUCAGAAUCAAAUCACACUUUUACGGAUGGACAACAGAACGAUCAAAGAGCCAGAGACUAUUGGUGUGAAAGUAAAACCAGCAGUCAAGGAAAAAGCAAAAAGAGACCACGCUCUGAUCAAUGCUACUAGGACUGCACAUAUUAAAACAGAGCGUGAAUCUCUAAAAAACAUCACGAAACCAGUGCCUGCAAAGAAAGCCAAAGAGGCUCCAAAGGUUAAGAUUGCGCUGGAGCCUAAAAAGAAAGGAAUCAUCCCUGAGAAGGUCAAAGAAGUAAAGGAAACUUUACAGAAAGAACCUGAGUUGGUCAAAGAUAAAGUAGUUGAGCCAAUAGAGAAGGAAAUUGUUGUUGAGAAGGAAGUCAAAGGAGAAGAGCCUGAAAUCACCAAAGAUAUUCCAGAGGUGGAGGAAGAGGACAUUCCCUACUUCCAGUGUUUCUUUGUGGAUGAGGAUGACACUCAGUAUCCGUUCUUCCCUUUCUCUCCACCGCUUUGGUGAAUUCAGCUAAACCUCAGAGUAAAUAAUAACACGGUAAAGGCCGAGCUCUGAUGGAUGAAGAACCUGCAGCUGUGAUGCAUGUGGAAGUUCACAGUAGGUCUUACAGCAUUACAUCAAGAAGAAUAUGAAGGUGUAAGAUAUAAUAUAAAAUAAGAGAAGAUAUUCCUGGAUUUUAAAACUGGAAAACUUCCUUCUGGUAAUUGUCAUUUUAAAGAACAGAGUUUGCUGACACAAAAUAUCAUCUAAAGGCUGUCUAUCUGUCUUUUAACAUGGAUUCGCCUUAUGUGUCUGAUAAUAAAUAUCUGUUUAUACUUAAUAUAUACGUCCAAGAAGGAAUGUGAGUAUAGUUAGUCCAGACAGAACUGACAGGACAUCAUGAAACAAUCUUUCUGAACACACCAGUGGAGUUCAGAUACAAGGAUUAUGCUAACUUUUAAAUGCAAGGGACAAUACCUCAUUUUGUUGGGGUGCUAAUUCAAAGCAUUCCACUGUUGUUGUUUUCUCUCAAAAUGAGGUUUUGAGAUUGUUAACGUUUGAGUUUUGACUCAAAGAGAGGAUAUAGUAGAUCAAGAAAUAUAUACACAGAUAUUUUAUGUCUUUUUCUAAGUAAUACCGUUUAAGUUUACUGAAGUGACAACUGCACUGAGAUAUACUGUAAAGACAGUUUCUCUGACUGUAUAGAUUUUAUUUUUUAUUCUUUUUUUAUUCUUUUUUUUACAAUUCACAUUUAGUCAUUUUGCAGAUGUCCAAAGCGACUUACAAUUGAGGAGGCAUUCAGCAAUUCAACAAGAAG